AUGGGCAAACGAAAGGGUAUGGGAAUAAAGCAGAGCAGAACCAAAUCGACACUCGUCUUUGUUGAUGGCGAAGGCUUCUUCUUCCACCCGCCCGUCUCAGGUAAUGGUAAUGUUCAAGAACAAAGCAAUGCGAAUCAAUCAAAACAACGACAUAACGAAACCGCGCCUCUCUUACCUGUCGCAACUCCUCCAGCACAGACUCUUCAACGCCGCUCUCUUCAAAAUCAACUCACGCUGCCGACUGCCUGGUUCGACAUGAUUACGUCUGUUGUCCGAAACGAUCGGUCGAUUCGACUUGAAGGUUAUCAAAUGUUGGUCUCGUAUCUUGGCUUUGAUGGGUUUGCGCCGUCAAGCAAAUACUGCCGUUAUCGUCCUUGUUCUAGGCACGCUGGUGGCCUUGAAGUCGAUGGGGGCAAGAUGCAAAUAGUCAAUGCGGCGCGAACGGGAGCACUCCUUUCAGAAGAAUAG